AUGACGUAUCCCUCUCAUGAAAGCCCGAAACCUGCUCAAGUGCAAUACCCACAUCCGGAAACGAAUGCUAUCGCGACUCCCGGACCUGUAUCGAAACCAGUUUAUCCAGAACCGUACCCAGCUGCGCAACCGCAUCCUACAUUAAUACCGUAUGUUCCCGCUCCUGCGCCUUACUCUGAACCAAGUCAAUAUCCAGCGUCUGGUCAGUAUCACACACCAAGUCAAUAUCCAUCUCCAGGAUUGUACCCAACCCCUGAUCAGUAUCCCAGACAAAGUCAACACCCAUCUCCUGGGGUGUACCCUUCACCCAGCGUUGCUCCUAGUGCUGUUUCACAACCUGGAAUAGCUCCUUAUCCAUCUACAUCUCACUACCCCGGCUAUGCAGUUCAGCCAGGUGUAGCAAUUUAUUCAGAUGUACCACUAGCGACUCCCUACUCAACACCGGUGCCGUACCCCCGACCUUCUUAUCCAGCUGCUGUGCCACCGUCGCCUGAACCUUCAUAUCCGCAACCCAGACCGUUUUACCCUCAGCCAUCUGGAUAUACACCUGCACCGCGUGGCGUAACAUGUGGUAGGAACGAAGUUUAUUCCCCAUGUGGAUCAUGCGAAGAAACCUGUGAUUCCAUACGCAAUCAGUUUACACUGCCCUGUCCUUCAUGCACUGCCGGAUGCUUCUGCCUUAAGGGCCACGUUCGCAACAGAAACGGCGAAUGCGUGCUGCCGUCUCAGUGUUAUGGUAAAUUUCUAAUGAGUAAAAGAAUACUAACUAAUCGUUGUAUAUGUUUUCGCAUAAAUUCUUUCACAAAAUCAUCCUUUGCAGAGAUGCAACCGCCGUCGCCUACAGUAGUACGCCCCACUAUGCCACCGGAGCCGCCAAAACCGCGUUGUAGGGAAAAUGAAGAGUAUUUAUCCUGCGGAACGCUAUGUCCACUUACCUGUCAAACUUACGGUGCUCCGGAAGCGAUUGUUUGUUCGAAAGAUUGCAAAAGCGGUUGCUUCUGCAUGAAUGGCUACGUAAUAGGUCCCAGUGGUGAUUGCAUUCGACCAGAUCAGUGUCCAGAACAACCGACUGAACCUCCAAUAAUAUACACCUUGCCAGUUACCCCUGAACCGACCAGCAUGCUAUAUGGUGUGACCUGCAGCGAAAAUGAGGUUUAUUCCGAUUGCGGUUCUUGCGAGGACACGUGCGACACUUACAGUGAUGGUUCUUCAAUACCAUGCCCUUCAUGCAGUGCCGGCUGCUUCUGCAGACGCGGUUACGUAAGAAGCAAGGAAGGCCAGUGUGUGCAUCCUUACUAUUGUAGAGGUACCGUCUUAACUGCUAAUGACUAA